CACGGCGGCUUUGUCCUGUCACUGGCUCCCACGUCGCGCCUGGUUACUCAACAGAUCACCCGACGUAGCUUGGCUCCCUCUCCUCGACGGCCGUUGCCGAAACAGCAAAGACCAUGGCGUCGGCCAACCCGACGCACACGUACGGGCCGGCAUGUCGGCUGGUGCCCACGGCCGACCAGGAGCCCGUCGACGGACUCGAGGGCAUACCACGCGUCGACGCCCAGUUCUUCUACUCGUCGCCAAUCUCCAUUGACGACCCCCUCUCGGCCGUCACCAUUGCAACCUCGACCGACUCCAAGUCCUCCAGGGCCCCCUUCCGGCCCUUUUCUCCCGGGGACAAUCUCACCCUGGAACGCGCCUGGCAUGGCUUCGCCUCGGAUCGGGACCGGAGAAAUCACAGACAGGCCCAGAGAAACCGCAGCCCCAGUCCGUCUCUCUCCAAAGAGAAUGCCGAGAAGCUAUCUGCCAUCGUAGCCCACCUCACGGCAAAGCACAAGGAGAAACACGACCGCGAGGGCCAGGCUCCGCGGGCCCCUCUCGACGCCCCUGACAGCAGCGUUCCCGUGUGCUGCCCGGAGCUGCUGAUCGAUGCUUCGGCCGAGCUCAGAAACGAGUUUUGCGCCCUCACCCGCAAGCGCCAGCAGUCUCUCAACCACGAGCGAGUUGUCGAGGGCGUCAUGGAUCAGCUCAAUCGCCUGCGACCCGACCCAGAUAUUGCCGAGGCAGCUAGUUCCGCCGCAGCCUCGGGUCUCGUAUUCGGGACGAGCCCCGGCCAGAACCUCAUCGAGAUUAGCGCCUCAACGGCCGCCAACGAGACCCAGCUUCCGCUGCCCGCCAGUGGCUUGAUUUCACCCAGACCACCCAUGGUAGACGACGGUAUCUCAGGCAAGCCGUUCGUCCGUGUCGAGCCAAGUCUGAGGUCACCAGGCAUCGCCCUCCUCGACAAGCAGUCCAAAUCCUUGCCCGAAACAAACGCUCAGGUCAAGGCAGAAAGUGCUAGGAACAAGAGGCCCAGGAGUUCUACAACUGUCACUGCCGAGACGGCCGACCCGGGGUCUGACUCGGUCGAGAUAGCUGUCGGAGUCUCGAGGCUGCACAUGGUCUCGUUGCCUGUCCUUCAGAUGAAACCGAUAUAUUGGUCCCCCGUAAAUGAUAUCUCCAUAGUGUUGAGAGCUACGUGGUUCUAUAGGGACUCUAUGGCGCCUGUAGAGCCUGCCGUGGCAAACCAGCUGGAGGCCGGCUAUCGGGAGCUUCGGGCGUGGACUGAAACCUGGUCUGACGAACUCAGAUCCGCGCUGGACGUCGGCGCUCUCGGUGAAGAAAAGGUGACGCAUCGGCUCUGGCCCGACGUUUCGGACAAGCGUCUGAAAAGCAAGUGCGGGUUUGCUCAAGAGCCGCUGAUAUCCUGUGAUCCCUUUUGCGCUGCCAGGUGCUUUCGCGGAGAAGCCGCUGCCGAAGGCACCCUGGAGCCCGUCAAGCCUGACGACGAGGCGUCGACCUCCCCGCCCGAGCACAGGAGUUAUCCCAACUACCAUGUCAUCUACAAGGAUGCCUCUGCUGCGUUUCUCCUAAAGUCCAGCCUCAAGCCAUCGGCCUACUACGGACGGAAGCCUGUUUCCAAGAUUAUGAAGGACCUUACGGUGGGCAUCCCCGUCGUCCGCGGUUUUGAUGCGGCGAAGUGGGAGCGGAUGCACGAAAAGCAAAAGGCUCCGAGCGUCAGGGACUACAGGCCCACGUUGCAGGCCACGGCUCCGGGUGAAAGCGCUGAGCAAGCUGGCUGCGCGGCGUGCGAGCUCCAGAAAGACCGUGGCCACGUGACGGAUCUGAUCCUGUUCGCCCACGGAAUCGGCCAGAAGUUUGCCGAGCGGGUCGAGAGCUUCCACUUCACGCACGCUAUUAAUUCGUUCCGGAGGGAGGUUAACGUGGAGCUCGAGAGCCCUGCCGUCAAAUCAGUCCUCCGGCCGGAGCAAAACGGCAUCAUGGUGCUGCCAGUCAAUUGGCGCCAUAUUGUGAGCUUUGAAGACGGCGGCCCCGCCGAGGACGAGGGCAAGGCCCCGUACGCGCCCGAGGGGUUCGGCUUGAAAGACAUUGAGCCCACCACGAUCCCUGCGGUGCGGAGCAUGAUCUCGGACAUCAUGUUCGAUAUCCCCUUUUACAUGUCGCACCUCAAGCCCAAGAUGAUAGCCGCCCUUGUCGGCGAGGCGAACCGCGUGUACCGGCUCUGGUGCCGGAACAACCCCGGCUUCGCAGAGAAUGGGCGCGUCCACUUGGUCGCCCACUCCCUCGGCAGCGCCAUGGCCAUUGACAUCCUGUCAAAGCAGCCCACCUACGUCCCGCGUCUCGACCUGGCGGCCAGGCCCGCGGCCGAGACGCGGCACUUUGAGUUCGACACGACCAACCUGUUCCUGCUGGGGAGCCCGGCCAGCUUCUUCCUGCUGCUGGAGAGGGGCGGCCUCGUGCCACGGCGCGGCCGCUUGAAGCCGGGCGCGGACGCGGUCGACACGGUGGCCAAGGACGUGGUCGGCGACGUCGGCAUGUUUGGCUGCUGUGCGGUGGACAACAUCUACAACAUCCUCGCCAAGGAGGACCCCAUCGCCUACCUGCUCAACGGCACCAUCGACCCCGCCUACGCGGCCAGUCUGAAGACGGCGUACGUGCCCAGUACGGCGACGUCGCUUCUCAAGUCGGUCGGAGACGCCGUGCGCGGCAUGGUGGGCGUCGGCCCGCCGGCGGCAGCGGCGGCGGCGGCGGCGGCAGGCGACAACGCGGCCGGCGCCGCGGGCGACAAGAACAACAGCAGCAACCCCAAGAUGCCGUCGAUGCCGCGCCUGCCCUCGCAGCUCGAGCUCGACGUGCACGACUUCUCACGCGAGGAGAUUGCCGAGCGCAAGGCCUUCCUGCUCAACGACAACGGCCAGAUCGACUACUUCCUGCGCUCGGGCGGCGGCCCCUUGGAGCUGCAGUACCUCAACAUGCUGUCGGCCCACUCGAGCUACUGGUACAGCCGCGACCUUGUUCGCUUGCUCUGCGUCGAGAUCGGCCGCGUCCCCGGCAGGGAGAGCACCCUCCCCGCCAUGCGCGCCGUCAAGGCCGCCAAGCUGCGUGUUGCGCCGGCUGCGGGGCCGCGGACGCAUAUUUGACCGUGGCCUGUAGUCUGUUUUUUUGGUUUUUUUGGGUGAUUGUUAUGGGUGCUUUAAGUCAGCGUCAACCGAGCGAAUGGCGCAAGGCGUUAACAGCAUCAUUUCCAUCAUCAACAAGAAACGCACAGCGCUCAGC